GAGCUGUUUCGGCCUUUUAUUUUAUUUUUAUCUCUCUGUAGUUGACACGUCCUUGUCAACCGCACCGUUCAUUUCAGUACGCCAUCGAUAGUAAGCCUUAGUGCAGACGCCGGGUCCUAGACGGCCAUUUAGAACGCGCGGACUGCCCCCUGAACGGAAACUAAGUAAAGCAACAUGGGCAAACUAGUUCUUCUGAUUCUCCUCGUAUCAACCGCCCUAGCUGCCCCGAUCGCUGUCCCUGAAAGAGGAGCGACGAGCCUGAGUCCGAGAACCUUCUCUGGCCCCUUUAGAGGAGGCACCGCGGCCAUAAAAGACGCCUUCCAAAAGAGGAACGGAAAGCACGUCGAGCACGGCACCGGGUCUAAUACGGAUGAUGGCCUUGAGAAGCGAUCGCCGAACCCUGCAAGAGGCUUCGGCCCCUUCUUUGGCCCCUUUGGAGUAGGGAUCAAAGCUAUAGUGAAGGCUGCCACGCGCCGAGAUGCAGACCACGUUGAACACGACGUCGCUGGCUAUGAAAGGCGAUCGCCAAGCCCUGAUCCGAGAGGCGGCCGCUUCGGCGGUUUCUCCAACCCCUUUGGGUUAUCGUCAUCCAAGAAAUCGCCAAGGGCCAGCCCUGCCGGCACCGAGGUUGCCAAGGACGCGCUCGAGGAUAGAGACUCAGGCCACGUUGAGCACGACGUUGCUGGCCAUGAAAGGCGAUCGCCAAGCCCUGAUCCGAGAGGCGGCCGCUUCGGCGGCUUCUCCAACCCCUUUGGGUUAUCGUCAUCCAAGAAAUCGCCAAGGGCCAGCCCUGCCGGCACCUAGGUUGCCAAGGACGCGCUCGAGGACAGAGACGACGGCCACGACCACGGCGACGAGCAGCCCGGCACCGUGUCGCGGAGGGAUACUGGCGCGGGCUCGGACGAGUCGGGCGAGCUGCAGCGCCGGGCGGCGGACACCAGCCCCAAUGCGUCCGAGCUCGGGUCUGCCGACGAUCGGGGUCUUGCGCAUUCGUAAAGUAGUCGCCAUCAUCGCCACCAUCAUUAUCAUCAAAAGAAGAAAAGAAAAAAAGAAAAAAAAAAGCACGAGACCCAUUGUACCAUCAGACAGACGAACCACCCCAAGGCAGAGAACAUGGAUGGAAUUACAUCGGCCGGCGCAGAGCGCAGAAACAUAUAGCGAAACAAACAGAUGGAGAUACAGUAGGUACCUAGUUAGUUGGACGCGGCCAACAUACUGCUGUACCAAGUCCAUAGAAACCAUGAAAGCUUCGCAGCGUAGAAUUGAAAGCACAAACAAACAUAUCCCCGUUCUCACCUAGGUAGCUACCUCUGCCAGAGCAGUGUGAAUUCACCGCGCGCGUUGUGCGAAUUUCUUUUCCCUCUACAAAUGAACUGAUACCUGCAUGCCAAAAAGGUGCAAAACAAAAGUGCCUGCCAGCUGCGUGAAUGAA